AUUUUUUAUAGGUACAAUACUUUACAAUUUUAACAAGCCAUCGUAGCCACAAACGUAGUAAAGAAACGAAGCAAACAGAUCUCUCUCUAAUAUAGACUAUCAUAUGUCACUGAUCUUCCAUUGAUGGCUUCUUGAUCAGGAAUCCCUAUAAGCACGCAGAGACAUAUCUAGUAAACAUUGUUUGGAGAAGCAAUUGGAUCAUAUGAGGUGUUCACUUGGUUGUAUCGGUUCCCUAGCUGCAAAUUCAGAUGUGCAAUUUUUGCAAGCUUUCUAUAAUAAGGAAAUUUCCCUCAGAGUCACACAGAUUAGUUUUGUGGAUAGCGUGCGUGCAUGUUAAUUUCAUUUUCCUGUUUAUGUUUCGGGAUUUUGAUUUUUUGGUCACUGAAAACAUGUUAUACUUGCCAUUCUUGCUAAGAGUUGGGAUUCUUCUACACUGCAUUGUCGUUCUUAAUACAACUAUUGAUUUUCUUUUAUAGUUAAAUUGUGUGUAAAUGGAUUGGAGUUAUGGCCUUAUGGGAAUGGGAAUUCAUUUGUAGGUGAACAAGGCGAGAGUAAAUCCUUUGAUCCAAGGAAGCACUUUGCUAUUGCAUAAGCUUGGCGGAGGUGGACACAAGCUAUCAUCAUGGCUGAAGGCGAGGGGUGUAUUGAGCUUAAAUUCCGCAUAUAUGACGGAACUGAUAUAGCACACAGUACAUAUUCUUCAUCUACCACAGUUGGUACCCUUAAGCAAAAGCUAGUUGCUGAGUGGCCUCAAGGCAAAACAGUUACACCAAAGUCUGUAAGUGACCUAAAGCUUAUACAUGCCGGUAAAGUUUUGGAAAACAAUAAAACUCUUGCUGAUUACAGAAUAACGUUUGGUGAAAUCCCUGGGGGUGUUGUUACGAUGCAUGUUGUAGUACAACCUCCAGUAACUAAAAAAAAACAGAGAAGAAUAAGGAUGACAAGCAAAAGAUGAAUUCGUGCUCAUGCACUAUCCUUUAGUUUAGGAAGCUUACCUUGUGGUUGCCCUUAAAGAUAAGGUUACAUUUUUUCUAUUUUUAACUAUUGGGAUGAUGGCUAGGCAGUGCCUAUCCAAUACCUCGUGGUUACCUUUUUAAGACAUGUUUGUCUUUGUCCAAUCGUUAUUGCUUGCUUCUUUUAAUGUUCAAUUCAUUUCUAGUUACUGUCUUCGGAGUGAAAACAGAUAUUAGCAUUGUAAAAUUCUGACCCCAACAAGUACAAUAAGAGUGUUGCAGGGCACAGACCUUGGCUACAACUUGUCUAGACUAUAUCAGGCUGCCUCAACAUUCGAUGAUGCAUAUUGUUUGAAAGUAAAUAAUUUGACAAACCUUGGCUAAGCAUCAAUUGGCAUUAAGUGUACCCCUUCACCUCUUAAUGGCACAAUUCAGCCAACAAUGUGACAGUGGACAUUAUUUAAUGAUUCCUUGAUAGAUUA